AUGGUGGCAUACGUCGGCGUGAUGAUGACGACCCUCGUCCUCGCGGCCUUGUACGUCCUCAGCUCCCUCGCCCUCCUUUCCGCCGCCGAAAACAAUGUGAGGGACCUGCACCUGCCUUGGCUCGUCGUCCACCCGCUGGUCGAGACGGGGCUCAUGCUCUUCUUGGGAUACGCGGCGGUGGUCCUCGCUCGAUACGACUAUCACGGAUACACCAUUCCGGUCGUCUUUGCCAUGUUCAUCAUAUUCUGUGAGUGCCGACUGCUCCAUGAAUUGGAGGAUCCGCGCGGCUCAGGGAUCCUGACCUACCUGUGGGUGGUGGUGAUGGGGAAUUUCCAGAGGCUGGGGACGACCGAUCCGGAGGACGCCAAGCAGUUGCUCGAGGGGUGGCACGACGCGGGUCAGGGGUACCCCAGGGUGCAGCCCCAACCGGAGUACCCCCACGGGUACUCCCAGGUGUACUCCCAGGGGAUGAGGGUCCCCAGGUCCAAGACCUCCUGGGCCGCGCCGCCUCCCCCGAGCGGGCCGCCGCCGCCGCCGCCGGCUCCCUACAACGCCUUUUCUUAA